AACGAAAAGAAGCCGCGGUAUAGUUUAGCGUUCGUUUAUUUGUAAAUAUUUUUUUAAUAAUUAACAAUUAACAAAGUUAUGAAAUAUUGUUACCAUUGAAUAUAAAAGGAGCUAAAAUGUUUUACCAUAUUUCCUUGGAACACGAAAUAUUAUUGCAUCCCAGAUAUUUUGGACCUCAAUUGUUAGAUACUGUAAAGCAGAAAUUAUAUACAGAAGUCGAAGGGACAUGUACCGGCAAAUUCGGUUUCGUGAUAGCAGUAACGACAAUAGACAGCAUCGGAGCUGGUCUUAUUAUGCCUGGUCAAGGGUUUGUUGUCUAUCCUGUCAAGUAUAAGGCUAUAGUGUUCCGACCAUUCAAAGGAGAAGUUCUUGAUGCUAUAGUCACGCAAGUUAAUAAGGUUGGGAUGUUUGCACAAAUUGGCCCGCUUAGUUGUUUUAUAUCACACCAUUCAAUACCAGCGGAUAUGGAAUUUUGUCCAAAUGUGAAUCCCCCAUGUUAUAAGAGUAAACAGGAAGACAAUGUGAUACAGGAAGAGGAUGUAAUCAGGUUAAAGAUAGUGGGCACGAGAGUUGAUGCAACUGGCAUUUUUGCAAUUGGGACUCUAAUGGAUGACUACUUAGGAUUAGUUACUCAAUAAAAUAAUUUAAGACAAAUAAAUGAAUUAAAUAAGGAAUACAUAA